CCCGAGAUAUCAAGAUUGUUAAACCACUGGAAGAUGUAGAAGUGAAUGAAUAUGAAAGCGCAUCUUUUGUCUGUGAGAUUUCACACGAUGAGGUCGAAACCCAGUGGUACAAAAACGACAACAAGCUGAAGGCUGCCGACAAUAUUAAAAUGCGACAAGAUGGAAAGACUUAUUCGCUGACUUACACACGUGUCCAAGUCCAAGAUGCAGCAGAGAUUAAAUUUGUGGCAGAAAAAGCAGAAUCUCGUGCCCAGCUCACUGUAAAAGAGCUGCCUGUAAAGAUUGUGAAGCCUUUGCGAGAUAAGAUCGCUCUUGAGAAGCACCGGGGAUUCCUGGAGUGCCAGGUGUCCCGUGCCAAUGCCAAGGUGCGGUGGUACAAGAAGGACGUUGAAAUCCACCCUAGUGACAAGUACGAAAUCGUGAGCGAUGGCGUCUAUCGGAAACUCGUCAUCAACGACGCAGGUUAUGAAGAUGAGGACACGUACACCUGUGAUGCCUUUGAUGACAAAAGCAGUGCUAAUUUCUUUGUUGAAGAGCAAUCCAUUAAUAUUGUAAAGGAGUUGUGUGAUGAGGAUGUGACUGAGCCCGAAGAAGCCAACUUUGAAUGCGAGAUAUCCAUUCCAUCUGUCAAACCCCCCAAGUGGUCUCUACGUGGGGAAGUCUUACAGGCGGGCAGGAACUUCAUCAUGCAGCAAGAAGGCACCAUCCAUCGGCUGACAAUACUGAAAACCAGCACUGAUAUGACGGGCACCAUGCAGUUCUCCAUCGGCAAAUCAAAAUCCACGGCUCAUCUGCUUGUCAGAGAUUACCACAUAAACAUCACCAGGAAGAUGGAGGACAAGACAGCUCUGGAGCGGCAUUCAGUCAUCCUCUCCUGUGACUUCAGGCCUUCUCCGAAGAUUGUGAAGUGGUUCAAGGGCCACACACCCAUUGAGCCCUCUGAGAAGUACAAAAUCAAGCGGGAAGAACAUUCAGCAGAGCUCAAGAUUUUGAAGGUGAAGCCUGAAGAUGCUGGAACAUACAAGUGCAGGGCUGGAAAUGCGGAAACCGAAGCCACGCUGACUGUUGAAGCCCGCAAUGUAGAAGUGCUCAAACACCUGCAGGACGUGGAAAUCGAAGAAGAGGGUUCCGCUGUCUUCUCCUGCGAGCUGUCCCACGACGACGAGGAUGUGGAAUGGUUCCUCAAUGGCAUCUUCCUCUACACCAACAACUUCAAUGACAUCAAGAAUGUCGGCAACUGCUACUCGCUGACGAUGAAGCAGGUCAAGCCUGAGGACGCUGGCACGGUGACAAUGAAGUCAGACAAGGUGUCGGAGAGCGUGCGUCUGAAGGUGAUAGAGAAGCCUGCUGUCUUCAUGAAGUCCUUGGACGAUGUUUUUGGUGAGGAGCGAGGUGUGAUCAAACUGGAAUGUGAAGUCUCCAAAGAGAAGGUCAAACCUGUUUGGAAAAAGGAUGGUGUGAACCUCACUGCUGGUAACAAGUAUGAGCAGAUCCAGUCUGGGAAGACCCUGUGCCUCCUUAUCCAUGACCUCGAAAAGACAGAUGCAGGUUUAUACACGUGUGAUAUUGGCACUGAUGUCGCCAAAUCAAAAGUCAGUGUUCAGGAACUGAUCAUUGGCAUCACCAAACGGCUGAAGAACACUGAAAUCCAGGAGGGAGAAGAUUGCACCUUUGAGUGUAUUUUGUCCCAUGAAAGCUUUGGCGACUUCAACUGGACGCUGAAUGGGAGCAAAGUGGAAAGUGGUGGGCGAUUUAGAGCCUCAAACAUGGGUCGGAAAUACACUCUCAGUAUUCAAAGUGUGAUUCUUGAUGAUGCUGGGGAAGUCGUUUUCACCACCCGGGGUCUAACCUCCAAGGCUUCUCUGGUUGUGAAAGAAAAACCAACUGAGGUUACAAAACAGCUGGAGAAUAAAACAUCAACAGUUGGGCAGGACAUCAGCCUGAGCUGUGAAUUGUCGAAACCCGAUGUGACCAUCAGAUGGUACAAGGAUGGCAAAGCAAUCCGAAAAAGCCAGAAAUAUGACAUACACCAAGAGGGAACACGAGCCAUCCUGAUCAUCCAUGACUCCACAGUCAAAGACAGUGGGGAGUACAGCUGCGAGACAGAGGACUCCAAAACAAAAGCCAGAGUCACAGUGCAAG